CUGCGCGAGCGCGGGGCGGGGCCGGGCCGUGAACACGUGGGCUGCGUCACGCGGGCGGGGCGCCGUGUGUCCACCUGCAUCCUCCCGGACAGCGGGCUGCUGGGUCCCCGGAGUAAGACGGACGUGUUCCUGUAGGAACUUGUUCAUCCAUGCAGUGUCACAAUGGAUAUAAACAGUUCCCCUGCACAGUGAUAAUGGAGGUGCUGAGGGGCACACAGCAGAGAGGAAUUAACCGACUUGCAGAGGGAUCCUCCUGCCCAGUGUUCUGCGGGACCGUGUUCCACUGGCAGGCCACCAUCAUGGGCCCGAAUGACAGUCCUUACCAAGGAGGUGUUUUCUUCCUGACCAUCCACUUUCCUACGGAUUACCCAUUCAAGCCCCCAAAGGUCGCUUUCACAACCAAAAUUUAUCACCCUAAUAUCAACAGCAAUGGCAGCAUCUGCCUCGAUAUCCUGCGGUCUCAGUGGUCUCCAGCGUUGACUGUGUCAAAAGUUCUCUUGUCCAUCUGCUCACUGCUCUGCGACCCCAACCCCGAUGACCCUCUGGUACCAGAGGUAGCUCACACCUACAAGGCCGACAGAGAGAAGUACAACAGACUAGCAAGAGAGUGGACACAAAAAUAUGCUAUGUAAGUGCCUCGGAGAUUUUACAGGAGACGUUGUCCCAGAGAAGCUAGCAGAGAGGUCUUCCCUUAAAACUUUGGGCUGUUGGCUGAGCCAUUCAGAGUAUCAUCUGUUCUUCAAACAAAAUGUUGGUCUCCACUCUCUCCAGCUGCAGCAUGUUGGUGCCAUUCUCAGCGGUUAUGGCUUUGACGGUGCCACCUCUUUGCUGCCAAAUCAGCAGCCAUUGUUGUUAUGAUCUGCAGCCUUCCUGGUUACACUGGAAUAUCUCUCUCUCUGCCACCCCAGUUUAUCUGCUGGUCUCUUGGGGGGCCAGACCCUGCACGUCUCUCCUACCUGGCCUCAAAUGGUGCUGCUGCCCAUGAUGGUACCAUACCAGGGCCUCAGCCUGGCCCCUUACCACAUACCCUUUGCCUUUUAGAACUCAGUGCCAUCCUGGGUGCCCAAGGCAGAGCAGGCUUUCCUCACACCCGUCCGCUGCAGAACCUCAGGAGUCUCCGCUCAUCCUGGAGGGAAUUGGGAACAGCGUCACUGGGAAGUGAAGGUCUAGCCCUGAGGCUUCCAUCAGUCUCCUGCAGUUCCACGUGCUGGCAUUUCUUCCCUCACACCAAGAAGCAGCAAGUGGAAAAUUUCAGGAUACAAAGCACAUAACAUCCCCUAAGAGAUGACUAUGUUUUUAGAAGCAAGAGCAAAAUUAUGAAACCUCUAGAGAUUUGGGUUAUGUUACUCCAUUUGAUGAGGAUUCUCACUACCCCCUGCUCCUCCCACUACACUAAGUCCAAGGUGAGCCAUUCACAGACAGAACACAAGGAGGGAGAGAGACUCUGAAAUGUAAAUAAAAAUUCACUCAUAAUUCUAAAUGAUAA